ACCAUUUGAACCUUUUGGCGGGAAGAGUGGGCUUACAUCAACUACGGUUCUCAUAGUUUCUUCUCAGCUGGGAACUGAGUGUAAUUUCAUGAGUCGGCUCCUUUUGCUUUUAAAUUUGUAUUUAACGGGUUAAAAAUAAUCUAGUCAGCUUACACUUACAAAGAUUGUUCCAACCACUCAGAUUCUUGACACGAUAACUUGUGAUCUACUUUUAUAGGUUAAUAAACCUAUCAUUAUUACCCAGGACUAAAGAUUUCAAGAUUAUUGCCGUAUAUGUGAUGGCUAGUGCGUCAAUUAGUUUGGUUUUAGUUUUCAUAUGCAUUUCUGCCACGUAGUGCUUUGUAAGAUUGGAUGUACAUCCUAUUGUGUGGUGGGAUACUUAGUAGUGUUUCGUGAUAUAUGUAGUCAUCUGUAAAAACUUGUUGACCCAGUAUUAUUUUGGCUUGUCUCUUUGUAUUCGACAAGUAAAUAGGGAGUGUAAUAACAUUGGUUACGUGUAUAUCCAAAUCAAUGUGCUUCAUAGAACCCUUAUUACAUUCAGGUUUUUGCUGGAUAUGCUUUAUAUUGAUCUAGGUGGUCCUUUGAGAGCCACUUUGGUUCAGCACGGUUGUAGAGAUUUAUCGGCGAAGGGAUUCCAUCAAUUUUAGUAGGAUAUCACGGUUUGUGCGAUUCUCUUCACUCAUCUGGUAUAACUGCACCCCUUUGUCUUGUCUAAUUAGUGGUCAAUACAAACUUUUAUCAUGUUCUGGAUUUCAUCUUUGUGAGUUAUUAUUAUCAGAAUUACUCUUUGCAUCCCUUGUAGGUUUUCUCUCACUUCCAGUCUAUCUUCAGACCAGCAAUACGCUAUCUUCAAUCUGUUAGCAUACUCAGAGCUUGCAAACAGCAUAUAUUUUAUCGUAAUAUGGACUUCUAUAUCAAUGUACCUCCUCCCGUGCAUUUUCUUGAUGUUACUGAAGCGUUCAAAUCACUUAGCAAUGUGGAAAAGGAUUAUGUUUUCAGUUGCACACAAGCGUCUUGGAUUGGAGGUCUCAUAGGAUUAAUUCAAACAUCUCCUGAGUCUGCCGGAAUAUUUUUGUUUGUCAGUCGCUUUUUCCAUUUGGAGAACGUACAUUCCUUUGUUGAAAAAGCUACAAAAAAUAGUUUUUCCGAUGAGGAAAUAACCCACAUUUUAUCUUAUUUCGCCUCAGUGCUGGGUAAUUUCGGGAAUUACCUGUCUUUUGGGGACACCAAGUUCAUCCCAGCUAUCAAUGUCGACAGGGUAACAGAAUUUUUAUCGUUGAGCAGUGAAUUUUCUAAUUCAGAAACUGGUCUUAAAGCUUUAUGGAAAGAAAUAGCUCCAGCCAUCUAUUCGUUAAGUCCUCGCCGUUUACGCCUUGGUUUUAGUCCCACUGAAAUAACGUCUUAUUACUCUGAAGACUGUAUUCGAAGUGAUGCUGAACUAGUUCAAAAAUAUCUGGAAAACGUUAAAAUUGAAGCGUAUAAUACCCGACUUUUUAAGAGUAGUAACUCCAACUCCAAAGUUUAUUCGAUUCGGUUUGCGUCGGCUGAGAAGAAAGUUCAACCUGUGCAUUUUGAUGCCCUUCCUUCGGGAACUUCUUUGCAGCUCGAGUACGGUGACUACUGCGAACUUAUGGAGUUACUGGUUGACUGCUCUUUAGACGCCAAAGCACACUCUCUUAACAAAAUCGAAUCAGAAAUGUGGGAUCAUUAUGCUCAGAGCUUUUAUACUGGGUCCUUAGACUCUCACAAAGAUGCUUCUAGACUAUGGGUCAAGGACAAAUGCCCUGUGGUUGAAAAUUACAUUGGCUUUAUUGAAACUUAUCGUGAUCCUUUAGGUGUACGUGCAGAGUUCGAGUCAUUUGUCGCAGUUGUGAAUCGAUCAAUGUCAUCUAAAUUUCAGCGGCUAGUAGAUAAUGCUGUUGACUUGUUAUCUAAUUUGCCAUGGCCUUCUACUUACGAAAAAGACAGGUUCUUACAACCAGACUUUACAAGUUUGGACGUAGUAACGUUUGCAACCUCAGGAAUCCCUGUUGGAAUUAACAUUCCUAACUAUGAUGAUGUGCGCCAAGUUGAUGGAUUUAAAAAUGUAUCCUUGGGGAAUGUACUCAGUGCUCGCUUCAAGGACCCUAAAUCAGAAUUUCUCCGAGAGGAAGACAAAAAGUUGUAUGUGGAUCAUGCGGAGAGUUCUUUCGAACUUCAAGUUGGACUUCAUGAAUUGUUAGGCCAUGGUUCUGGGAAGCUCUUUCAACGUAGUGGCGAUGGAAUAUUGAAUUUUGACACAAAUUCUACGAAAGAUAUCAUAAGUGGAGGUCCCAUACGUAGUUGGUAUGAACCGGGCGAAACAUACGACAGCAAAUUUUCAAGUUUGUCUUCGGCAAUUGAAGAAUGUCGAGCUGAAUGUGUUGGAGUUUAUCUAUGCAAUUUACCACUUGUCUUGGAACAGUUUAAUCUUAAUACUAAUUGCUCUACAGACAGUGUCCCAGAUGUUGUCUACGUUAAUUGGUUGUCCAUGGUUCGUUCAGGCGUAACUUCUAUGGAAUUCUAUUCACCUGCAGAAAACGCUGGCGAUAUUGGUUCGUGGCGUCAGGCACAUUGCUGUGCUCGUUAUGUGAUUUUGCGGGUUUUAAUUGAAGCUGACAAUUCGCUGGUACGUGUAGACGAAAUAGUUGGUGAUGAUGGUGCACCUGAUUUAACUAUUUUCUUAGAUCGCCAAAAGCUUUUGACAGUGGGUCGUCCGGCAAUUGGCGAAUUUUUACGAAAAAUUCAGUAUUAUAAAAGUACAGCCAAUGCUAAGGAUGGUUGCGCCUUCUUCCAGCAUUAUUGUCAAUUGCUACCAGAACAUAUUAAAUUGCGCCAAAUUGUGAUUAAUCGCAAAAAACCUCGACCUAUUUUUGUUCAACCUGGACUCCGUAAAACCCCUCACGGUGUUGAACUAAUAUCAUAUCCUACAACUUAUGCCGGUGUAAUACAAUCAUUCGUGGAUCGUUAUGGUGAUUUGCCUCUUGGGCAGAAAGCUCUUGAUGCGCUAGAAACAAUUUGGCGCCGUGAACUUCCAUAUUUCAAAAACAUACCACUUUAAGUGACUUGUCACAAAUUGUUAUUUUCAAUUAAUUUUGGUUAAUAUAUUGUAUGUUUAUUGUCUCCACGUGGAUAGAUGAAUAUUAUUUUCAUUUAUUUUUGCUUGGUUAUAGUAUUAGUGGUUGUGUGAUGGUUUACUAGCUCUAAGUUAUGGUAAAUAUGUUGUGUUAUAAUGUUCAAACCUCUCGAUUUCAAUUAUUAAAUCACAGGUUCAAAGUUGCUUUACGUACGUGGUAUUACUAACCCAUGCAUAGGAACCGGCUUAAAGUUAUGCUCCUGAACCUGUUCUCUUU